CGUCGGAUGCGAUUUCGUAAAUCAUGGCGGCGAACAGUCCGAAGUUUACAAACGUGUCUUGCGCAGACUUUGCUCAAUUCCAGGAAGCACUUAGAGAAAUGCGGAUGAUAGACGAUAAAAUUAUCUACAACCUCAACAAAGUGGUCCCAACAACAUCUUUCAAAGGCCAAGUAGAUGCCAGCCAGAAAUGUGAGGGAUUCUAUAAUGAGUUGACGUCGGCAUAUAGCAGUCGAGAAAGAGUUAUCAAGAGAUGUAUAUCAGAAGUUUCUACUUCCAUCAACCACCUCAAGAAACAAAAAGACCAAACUCCAGAUGACUUUAAGAUCAUGAAAGAUCUUAGGAAACAACAGAGAGAGUUAAGACUUAUGCAAUCGGAACUAAACAUAGAAGAAGUUGUCAAAGACAGAACACUAAAGGUAUUCCAUGAGAAAUGUAGAAGCCAUUAUGUGCCACCAAAGGACUCGUUAUGACAAAAGCAGGUUAGAUAUAUGGGAAUAGGGCUUCAAAUAACUUUAAACCAUUUAUACUGGGUUUAAUCAUUAUUCCAAUGAUGAUUGUGAAUUUACCAUGUUGCACAAGGCAUACCAGUGCAAUCGGGAUUGUGAGCAAAGGGAAUGGGAGGUGGCAUUCAUCUACACUAAAAUGAUGAUCCAAAUGUUGUCAUCAGGGCAGACAAGACUUCAAUUUGGUAGAAAUACAAUUAUUUUAUUGUAUUGUGUGGUUGGGGAUAAUGACAUCACUGCCAAAACAGAGUUGAUGGUUUUGUAUAGAUCUCUAAUUUAUUUUGAAUUUGGAUCAAAAUUUUGGAUGUGGCGUCUUAAAUAAACGACCUGUAACUUUUCUGUGUCCUGUGUGAAGGCCUUGGUCGUCAAGAUGAAUUCUUGGUAUAUACUUGAGAGACUCACUGCUGUAAAACUGACAGCACCAAGUAAUAGAACAAUUGAAAGUGUGAGGAGACUGACCAUGGACUCACCCAUAUGAUUUAUCUUUAAAAUUUGAAAUGCAAUCAAAAUUAGUUUUUAAAGAAAUUAUUAAUAGAUAAUACACUUACAGUUAAACUUUACCAGAAAACCUGUCCUUAUACCAUGGUCACAUUUGUUCUACGGCGAGUUGAAAACAGCCGUUUUAACAUUUUUUGUCCAACUACAUAUAGCUGAUUUGAAUCAAAAUUAAUAAAACGGCUGUUUCCUACUCGCCGUACGGCUGCCGUAGAGCAAAUGUGAUCAAGGUAUUAGUAGCCAUCAAAAUUGUCUCCCAUUAAAAAGGAACAUGUAACCUGUUAAUGAAGGACACCUAUCUACAUUGGCCACUUUUGUUAUUCCUUAGGUGGCCAUAAUAGACAAGUUUUACUGUCUGAUGGAAAUAUUGAUUGUCAUAGGUUUCUGUUAGAUUUCAUACAAUACCUCAGUAGUUUUUGUGAUUUGCAGAUUCCUACAAAAUAAUCAGUAAAUCACAAUACUCUUGUGGAAUAGGUGCAAGUAUGGGCACCCACAAAAAAAUGAUCGGACUAUAUAGUGACUCAUCUAAUGUGUCCCACUCCUAACCCUGAAUAUUUUAGGUUAUGGACAGAACUUGUAUGCUGGUAGAGGGUCUUUGAAAAGCCAAUACAAACUCUAUAGGAUCACAUGUAUUAUCAAGGAAAUAGGGUUUUCUAGAAAUGAAUUAGCCAUUCUUUAUCAGUACAUUGUUUUGUAUUUUGUGUUUUUAUAUCGUUUGAAAGGAAAAUAAUGCUUCCAUAUAAUAUUACCAAGAAUAGUAAUGCAUAUUCAGUGAUGUAAUGCCAUACAAAGCACAGAUUUUGUUUCUAGAUUUUGUUGUUGUUGAAUUUUCACCAAACCUGACAGUGGUUCACACAAUAGAGAAAUGAUCAUUACGACAUUGAUAUGUUAUGAAAUUCCUUAUUAUAUUGAUCACUCAUAACUUUUUAUUCUAAUAUUCUGUGUAAUUUCAGAUGUAUGAAGUGACAUACUUCAGGAUGUAUAUUUUACUCUUUUUUUUUAGUUGUAAGUUUUUCAUCAUCAUGUUCUACCGACCAAUCAGCAAUUGGUAGAUUUAGAAAUGUAACCUACACGUAAACAAGUAAAUCAUCCUGAAAAGUUGAAAAUCUCUUUUUCCUCAUUUUGUAAGUUUUUCUAGCUGUCAUUUUAAUGUGCUUUUGUAUUUUGUAUGAAUACCAUGUCCACCUUAUAAUGUCUACAAUGGCUAUCCCUCUCAAAGCUGAGAUCCUUAUAAGCAAGAUUUUCACUCAUUGUUGACUACUCUGUCUGUACAGACCUUUAAUUGAAGCAGCCAUAGUGAUUCUAGUCUUGCUACUUCAGACUCUACAUCAUGCACUUUGAAAACAAAUGGGUCUGUACCUGCAGACUAGUACCCCCAUUGGUUGAAAGAAUUCUAUGUUGUCUGGCUUAAUCACAUUAUUUACAUCAAUUCAUGCCAAUCUUUCAUGUUUAUAUAAAGUUCAUAUAAUUGAAAUGUCAUGAUGUCAUUGUUAUACUGGUAACAAUAAAAAGUCCAGGUAAUUUUACAAUGUUAUUGUAAAUGCCCUAGUCAAAUAGAUUUCUGUAGUUUAAAGAGAGAGAUAUGACUUUGAUUCACUGUUUUUGUGAUCCGUAGACUCUCUUGUAAUUUCAUGCCUUGGACAAUUAUUGAUGGUUGUUUAUUAAUGACAACAUCAAUUGUUAAAAUGUUCAACCACAUAUGGUUGUCUUAAUAUGUGAUGAUAUAUUAAAGAUUUUU